CUCGCACCAGUCCUUUCCCUCUACCCGCUUGCUCAUGCAAGUUUACCUACCCAAUCCCAACAUGGCGGACGGUUUCGGGAAAUCCGUCGAUUCUUUCGACGAGAGUUUUCUUUUUUCUGAAUUUGAAGACAGUGGAAAACCCAAGUCCUCGUGUUUAUCAUUUCCCGAAGCAUUUGUAAAGGAGGAAAGCUCGCAGCACCAAUCAAUGGAAGAUCUGAAGCUCGAAAAUUAUCGUUUGAAAAUGGCACUCGGCAAAUUUAUCUUUCCCGGGAAAGAUUCGAAAGUACUACCUCAAAAUCCAAUCGCUCAAGCGACCUUCUUUAGCAACCAACAAUCGUUAUCAAGCCGCAGCAGAAUCGAAGCGUUCCUAGCAACACUAGGAGUAGCACUUCAAGGGGAAAACUCAAAGUCGUCAGAGGAAGAUGAUGAAUUCAUAUAUCCACAUGUUCAGCCUUCUUUGGAAGAGUUCAGCGAGGUCCUGGAUGGUUUUAUUGAUAACACGAAUAAGAACUGUGAUUCGGUUGUGAGUUGUGUGCGGUAUUUUGAUAUCUAUUGCGUUGACUGCUGUGGUUUACCGCUUCAUGAGUUUAAUCCACGUGAUAGUAGUGGUUGGGAUAUACCGUUAUACGAACAAGUCUACUUUGUAGCUUUACCCUUUAUCGAGGAUAGCUCCUCCAAAGUUCGUGUUUCCCGAAAGAAAACGUGUUUCAAUUGUGGAGCUGUAGGACAUGCCCUUAGUAACUGCCCUGAGCCACACAAUCAAGCACAAAUAGAAUCCCAACGUAGAAAGUUUUUGAAUAAGUUCACAUCACCUAUAGUCAAAGGCUCUAGGUAUCACAUAAAUGAGAAAAGGUUUGGAGAGUUCAAGCCAGGAGUUAUAAGCCCUAACUUGCGCGAGGCUUUAGGAAUUGAGGAAAAUGAAGUGCCACCAUUUGUGUAUAAGAUGCGUUGCCUUGGUUACCCUCCUGGGUACUUGCCGUCAUCAAAGAAACCAAGUUUGCUUCUUUAUGAUGCCACUGGAAAUGUUGAUGAUUAUAUCAUGGAUGAUGAUGAUGAUGAAUGUCUAGACAAUGAUAAAUCAUCAGAGGAAAAAAGUAAUGACAAAAAGUCGUUGUUUGUCAAAUACCCAGGUUUCAACUGCCCUUUACCUGAAGGUGGAAUAGAUUGUGGUACGAAGAUGGGUUUCCCAGCAAUGCAAAGACGACACCAAAUCCAAGAGAUGGAGUGGUGGUACAAACAAGGUUCUGCUCAGAAGAUUUCUCAGUCUAGAGAGAUUCGUAGACGAGACAGAAAGAGAAGACUUUCAGAUACAGAGGCUGGAGUGAGUGACAUGGACUUAGAUGAUGAAGUUUCUGGCCCAAUACAUUUUGACCUAGGCACUCCAACAGAUUCUCCGCACUCCAAAGAUCGCAAGCGUGGUCGCUAUGACAACAACCAAUCAGCAGAUGAGGGUGGUGGCUACUCUCCUUGCCACCCUGGACUCCAGAUUGGAGAGGAAGAGGAGAAGUUGAUAAAGAGGUUACACCAGAAGCAUCAUCUACCAGCUGUCACACCCUCGCCAUCACCAAACACAGAGUUAAAAGAGAAGGGUGGCCCAAGCAAGAGAAGGGUCAAACGGAAGAGAAUCUCUACUUGUAGUAAAGAAGAAGGGGAGCUAAGUGAGGAGGAUGGUGAAGAGAAAUAUCAGGAUUAUGUGACUGUAGAUGAAUGGGUGGCAAGUGAGGAGGAAGAGGUGCAAAGUGAAGGGGAAGGGGUGCAGACAGAAGAGGGAGGGGGAAAAGAAGGGGAAUUAAAGGGCUAUCGUGACUGGUGGGUUGAGGAACCCCUGGCUCCAUCUAGUAAAGGGCAUGGUAAGACCCAUUGCUCCCCGCCUCCUUUGCCUGCAGUCAAGUUACCGAUGGACCUACUGACUAGGUUUUACACUAGUAGUACGGUGCUACAGAAGGUCAGCUUUGAAGAUAGAGUGAUGUGGCUGGACCCUGUAUACGGCAACAUCCAGGUGUCAUCAGGGCGCUACGAUAAGCUGAAGGAGAUCUUACAGAAAGUCAAGAAAAGAAGGAGGUAGUCGAUUUAUGUAAACUCUUGAUUCAAGUGUCCUGAAGCAUUAGUGGCAAUUUGGAAUCACAACUUGGAAUUACCAAAAUUGAUUACAGGAUUCUGGAUACAUUGCCAGAACAAUGAUGGCAGUGUUCAUGUUAGAUUUAACCACACACUGAAAGAAAAAUGUGGUAGUGUGGACUGGAAUCUAACAGACUUAAUUCCUCUACCGUAAAUCUUACAUAAGGUACUUAAUGUGUUUUUUGGUCUUCCAUAUUUUUAAAAUCUUGCAAAUGAUAUAUUUUUUAUAGAAGAAUGACCAUAAUUUCAUUAUCUUUUACCACAACUCGUCGAGAUACUAUAGCUUGGGUUUAUUAUUUUGGCAUAGUAUUUCAUGCUCGUUUUUAUGACGUUAGUAUGACUCAGCCUUUUUGUGUCUCCGAUUCUAAGUAAACACAGACUUUUAGAAAACGCUAAGAGUUUUAGGAAAUAAUCGGACAAAGCCGUUAGGGACAGACCACCAGUUGUAAUGUACAUGAUGCAUGUGUCAUUUUCCGACUAAUUCGAA